CGAAGGAUUUAAGACUGACGAAUAACUACAGCCCGAUUGAUUUGAUGAACACAUUGCUGGAACUUCCCAAGCUGAAGACCCUGAAAUUAGUUCGCUUUAACCGCAAGGAUAUAAUGCAAAUCAAACAUUUGCAGCAACUCCAGAAUUUAUUCAUCAGGAGCGACCACACGGUGAACAUGUACGAACUGUGCUCCUCAAUGUCGCAGCUUGAAUCAUUGGAAAUGGAGUUUGCUUCCAUAGAUAUUCCCCUAGGAAAAUGGGAGCCGCUGUGGCCCAAGCUGAAGCUUCUGAGCAUCGGUAUCGAAGAUUUUCGAACCGAAAUGCCGUACUUGCCGAGUCUGGAAACACUGCACGUUACAUUCAGCCCCGAUAUGGAAUUAAGCGAGCUAUUUGGCAGAUCGAUUUCGGACUAUGCCAAGAGCUUGCAGGUGCUGCGCUUGAACAGCGAUGAGAUAACCCCAGUCCAUGCGGAUAAUGCCAAGACCAUCGGACAACUAAAAUCACUAAAAAGUCUGAUCUGCUCCGAUAUGAAUAAUACAUAUUUGCAAUUCAUCAAGUUGGAUCAACUGCAGAUGGUGAUCCUCCAGUCAUCCAAUAACGUAACCAACUCCGGAAUCCUACGCAUGCUCCGUGGCUGCAAGAACCUCCGAUCGCUCGAUGUCUCUGGCUGUAGGAGAGUCAACAAGAAUGUUGUGGCUCCACUCUUAAAGAUUCUAAAGCAGCAUGACGUUCAGCCGGAUGAUCCACUGGUUCUGACUGUUCGUUUUAUGUCGUUCGGAGAUGCAGUACAAACUACAGCCACGGAUCCGAACAAUAAUUUAUUGCUCAUCCAGAAAAGUAAUAAUAUUAUAUGCGAGCGUCCCUAUACGGCAUACGAUGCUUCCCUUGAUAUUGAAUAUUUGAGUGAUGAUUCCUUUUAA